AUGGUGUCUGAUGAAGAUCAACAGAAAGACCAUUCUCUAUUAAAUUUAACUCUUUUAAAAACAUAUUCAUCAUUACCAUCUCAACAUCCAAUUCGUUUUAUAGGAUUAUCUGCACAAGUUUUUUUCUAUUAUUUAGCUUAUGGUUAUUUACAAGAACUUUUAUUUACAUUGGAAGAUUUUAGAAAUACCUCUUGGUUUUUAUCAUGUUAUCAAUUUUUUAUUUAUGGUAUUCUUUCAUUUAUUCAACUUGGAUUUUCUGGAUUGAGUCAACGAAGAGCAAGUUAUCGAGCUUAUCUAAUACUUGCUUCACUCACUGUUGCUACAAUGGGUUUAUCAAAUCAUUCAGUUGGAUACCUAAAUUAUCCAACACAAGUCAUGUUCAAAUGUUGCAAAUUGAUACCAGUACUGAUUGGUGGCAUCAUUAUUCAAAAAAAAAAAUUUAAUCGUUAUGAUGUUGCUGCUGCUUUCUGUAUGUCAAUUGGUUUAGUAUUUUUUACUUUAGCUGAUACAAAAGUUCGACCAAAUUUUAAUUCAUAUGGUGUGAUUGUCAUUUGUUCAGCUCUUGUUGCUGAUGCUAUUAUUGGUAAUUAUCAAGAAAAAAUUAUAAAAACACAUCAUGUUCCUAAUGUUGAAAUAGUAUUUUAUAGUUUUAUGUUUGGUUUUCUCAUCAUUUUAAGUGGUCUCAUAUUAACAAAUAAACUUAUCUCAAGUAUGGUUUUUUGGAAUAAGCAUCCUAUUCCAACUUAUGGUUAUGGUUUAAUAUUUUCUAUUUUUGGUUAUUUGGGUAUCGAUAUUGUCUUAACAUUGAUAAAAGAAUAUGGUGCAUUAAUCUGUGUUACUGUUACUACAUGUCGAAAAGCAGUUACAAUUAUAUUAUCAUUUACACUCUUUUCAAAACCAUUUGUUUUCGACUAUGUUUGGUCUGGUUUAAUUGUUGUUAUUGGUAUUUAUCUUAAUGUUUAUAGUCGAAAUCAAGCAGCAUUUAAUACUAAAAUAGCAUCUGUUACUAAUUUUUUAUAUAAUUUUCGUUGGUGGCCAAAAUUUUCAACAUCGACCAUACCUCGGAUAUUACCUGUUUAA